GCGAGCAUGAGUGACAAGACGAAAGCCUUGUAGAAAUAAACUUCAGGCAGUAGAAAAAAGCCAAACGAAUCCAAAGAUGUAGCUGGAGCUAGCUCUCCUGCAGCUGCUUCUCACUUACGUGCGUCUUUCCCUUUCCCUCCCGGCGUACCAUCCAACCAUGAUCGCCGGCGUCCUCGCGUUCGACCGCAGUAGCGGAUUUUUACGUUUCCACAAGAAGUUUUCCCCGAACUUCGGGCUCCAAGGCGGCACUCCACUGGACCCGGUGCAACUGUGCCUGCAGCUGUUUGUCUUCCAGACCUACGCGGAGGCGGCGUUGUCGCACUUCGGGAUGGUCACAAUGCGGGUGGUGGCCGCCUCGAACCUGUGCCUCUGUGUGCUAGGUCCCGUGGCUGCGGCGCGCGAACGCGUCGUGGAAUACUUGCUGGGUACUACGGAUAGUUGUGGUGAACAAGACGCAAAGGACGACACGUUUUCCUCUACGCAGAUGAAUGCUGCUGGUACGGAAGGAACGAGUCUUCACUUUGCCAGCAAACCACCCACCUCCGCAGCUGUACGGGAAGUCGAUUUGAGUGCGGUCUCGAAGCCUGCUUCUAAUGUUGAAAUCGUGCCACUUUGUUCAUCUACAACACCUGCGACCUCCUCCGCAGUAGCUGCCCGUCCACCCGUGGAACUGUCGACUGCAGCCGGGCGGAAAAAAUUUGCCCUGCAGGUCAAGACCGCGGUUUUGCGUGUCACAUUAGAAUCGCUCUUUCGCGCCGAAUGUCGCCGGUGCCCGGACGCAAAGUGGCUUGCGUUUGUGUUUUUCCAACCGGGAACAUCAAAGGGGGAGAACGCAGGAUUAACAUUGUCCUCCGACGAACCCGGGACUCCGGCUGUUCCUUUCCACCCUGCCACACCGAUGACGCAAGAUUCCAAUUCGAGUACAACUUUCGCGCGAACAAAGUCCGAGCCGGCUGGUGCGGCUGCUACAAGACCUGCUGCUACAGAGCAACAAAGACCCGGCAGCAUUGAGCUCCUUUCCGCAGUGCUCCCAGAGGAGCCGGUUUCCGGCCGCAGCAAAAUCACGACCAACAGCGCAAACAGGACGCGGUCGCGAGGGUGGUGUGUGCCGUGCUUGAAUCGGACCCGGUCGAGUUCGAACCCGAAAACACGGAACCUUGCCCGUAGCCGUGCGGGUACGGACAUCGGACUGCUCGCAGUGACGGCGAACAACGCAGUGACGCGAGCGAAUGUUGAAGGCGAAAGUGGACCAGCGACGUCUCAACAAGCCGUCAGUGGACAACAUCAAAACGAGGAGCUGCCCUACCCGCAGAGCACCGCGACGCCAGUCAUAUCCACCACUCUUGGUGCUGCUCAGCCCCAGAACAUGACAGUGUUCUUGCUUCACCAGAGCACAACUCCAGAGGAGAACAAACCCGAAGCAUCGCAAACAGACCAGAUGAAGCUUGUUGCCUCAAAUCCGCGGGGCCUCGUCCCCGACCACGCUUUGGAAAAAAUCAAAGAACUGUGUGUUGCUGAUGCCGGCGGCGCGAAUAAACUGUUAAAGGACAAACAAUCGCUAGCUUGGGCGGCUCCAACGGGACCUCGGUGUAGCUCGGAAGAAGCAGAGAAGCGGGAGACGGACUCGCUGGAGCGCGGUCUAUACCGCACAACGUCGUCCGCGGCGCCCGGGAUCAUGUUGCUGUCUUCGCAUUUUGUGGAUUUUUCCUUCGAAAAUUUUGUGGACCUGCAUCAGUGCUGGUGCAACACAUUGUCGAGCGGAAAGGGAUAGAAGUCAUGUUGGCAUCAAACAGAUUCACUACUUGCUGUCCUUGAUACAUCGUACACCAUACUUUAUUUAUUGCAUCGCCGUGAAACAAAAGUUGAGCUUGAGUACGACAGGCGGAUCAGGUAUAGGAAGAGGUACAAG